AUGGGAAUUGCACAGAAUCAGCUCAUUUCUAUCGUGGUCUUGGUAAUGGGAUGUAUGAUCUCUAGUAGCCGAGCUCUUGCGCCGCCGGCAGGUGCCAAGAUUUAUGAUUUGGUUGUCGUUGGGGGAGGAUCUGCAGGUCUUACUGCAGCCAAACUCGCAGGAGGAACGCUCGGAAAUACUGCAGUCAUCGUUGAGGCAAACAAACUUGGUGGUGAUUGUACUUGGACAGGAUGUGUGCCAUCCAAAUCAUUCUUGGCAAGUGCCAAGGCAGCACAUAUUGCAAGGAAGCAAGCGAUUCAAAAAUCAAGCGCAAACUUCCAAGAAGUCAAGGCAAAGUUUCAAAAGAAUAUGCAAGAAAUUUAUGAAGAAGAUGAUUCGGCAGAUGCUUUGGCGAAAUUCAAUGUCGAUACAAUCCAAGGCAGAGCAACGUUGACUUCAUCCACAACCCUUUCAGUCCAGGGAGAAGACGGUGAGGAAUCGACAAUUCAUGCAAAAGAAGGAAUUGUUCUGUGUACUGGUGCUUCGCCGAUUGUUCCAAAUAUUCCUGGACUUCAAGACGUGGAAUUCCUGACUUAUGAAAGUGUUUGGGAAUUGAGCGAGUUGCCAAAGACUUUGACCGUCGUAGGUGGAGGUCCCAUUGGCUGCGAGCUUGCCCAAGCGUUUUCUCGGCUGGGGUCGAAGGUAACAAUUAUCGCUAGUGGCCUACUGCCAAGAGAAGAACCUGAAGUUGGAGAAGUCCUACAGGAGGUGUUUGUUGAUGAAGGCAUCACUGUCUUGAAAGGCAAAUUGACAGAGGUUUCCAAGAAUGGUGGUGCCGGUGGCCACAAAGCGACGCUUUCAAGUGGAGAAGUAGUAGAAGGUGAUAUUAUUCUAGUCUCCACCGGUCGAUCUCCAAAUGUGAGCAAGCUGGGACUCGAAAAUGUUGGAAUUGGUACCAAUGCCAAAGGAGGAAUAGAUGUCAAUGACAAACUACAGACCGCGUGCAAGGGUGUGUAUGCGGCUGGGGAUUGCACUGGGGAUCGGCAAUUCACCCACUAUGCUGGCUUUCAAGGUGCUAUUGCUGCCCGCAACAUCUUGCUUCCUUUGACGGAUCCUGGCAUUCUUACAUCCAUUCCUGGCACUACCUUCACAAGUCCCGAAGUAGCGUCAAUUGGAUACACAGAAGCUGAAGCAAUCGAAGAAUUUGGUGCAAAGAAGGUGGCAGUGUCCAAGAUGGAUUUGGCAACGGCUGACAGGGCGAUUUGUGACGACGAAUUGAAGGGCUUCAUCAAAGUCAUAUAUUCCAAGAAGAAUGGACUUAUUCUUGGAGCAACAGUGAUGGCGCCAUGCGGUGGCGAAUUGAUUUCUGAGAUUUCAACUGCAAUGUCAGCCAAGAUCCCAUUUGCAAACUUGGCAAAGGUCAUACAUCCGUAUCCUUCCUAUGCGUUUAGCUUGCAGGUUAUGGCAGCUGAAGUGUACUAUGAGAAUACGAUGAAGCUGAAAUGGGUAUACGAUAUAUUGAAAAAGGUUGGACUCUAA